UUGACGAUACGUUAUCUACUUAACUUCGGAUAUGAAAACAAAAAUGAGUAUAUCGUAUUUUAUUUUGGGUUGUUGGCUUUUGAACGAAGUCAGUGCGUAUCAAGACAGAAGUUGUAAACCGACAUCAGCCGAUAUUCUCGGUCCGUAUUACUACCCCAACGUUCCUCGUCGGCGGCAGAUUUGCGAGCGCGACAGAGCAUUUCACCAGCAACGCCACCUGUUGGUGGAGGGUAGAGUGAUGGACGAAACAUGCCGACCGUUGAGCGGAGCCCGCAUCGAAGUAUGGCAGGCGGAUGCGGACGGACAUUAUUUAUUCAAAGACAUGUGCAGGGGACAUUUCUACACUCAAAUCAGGGGAAACUACGCCUUCCUGACACUGCGACCGGGAAAAUACUCCACCGACCCGACGGGACGUUUGUUCCGGCCAGCGCAUAUUCACUUCCGGGUGGUUGCGCCUGACCACGACAUCUUGGUAACGCAGAUGUACUUCGACGGGGACUCAAGUCUUGGUGUAAACGAUUCAUGCUCAACGUGCUCCUCGGAUCAUCCUGACCUGGUAGUGUCCACGCACGAAAUGUGCGCAGACGAGAGUGGCAAGUACUGCAUCGAUAUCGCGCACUUUGACCUUGUGCUCAGACGUGGCAGUGGCGUCGACGUUGUCAAAGACGUGGAUGACUCCCUUCCGGAACUUCUGGACAUGGCUAAAGAAGGAAAGUGAACGCACGUACGUGUAUGUGUUGAUUCGCGUGUAACUGUGGGUUGAGUGAUAAACUUAAUAUAAGUAUAUUUCAAUUCAGCAGCGUUCAUGUAGCAAUGCAACGAACAUAGGGCAAUGCAUUUAAAGACAUGUUCAGUGUUCAUCUAUUUUAUUGAUUUUAAAAGUGUCAUUACUAUGACAUAUUGGUUUAACGUAUAUAUAUAACGUAAAUAUUUUUAUUCUUUAUUUAUAUUAAUAAUACUAGUUGCCUACACGUAGAUAUAAACUUAAUCCGUUGAUAAUUGGAUGACAAUUUUUCGUCAGAAGUUAUAAUAUGUAAAAACAUCGUUCUCAUAUAAAAAAAGGAAAUGUUAUUUUUCCCUUAGUUUCAAAUUUAAAUCAAAUAAUGCAGAUGAGAACAUCUUUACAUGCGACUGAUGGCUUAUUUAUGCAGACAUGUAUACAUAAAAAUACAGUUGUUAUUUAAAAGACAAAGCUGUUUUGUUAAAUCAAAGCAGUCGCUUAGAAUCUGUAUUUUUCAUUCAACAUAUUUAUGUUUUUACUUGUGAGUUAGCUGAUGCUAAAAUCAGAAAAGUACCAACUUAAUUGUGGCAAACUUGUGGUAAUUUCUUUAAAUUGCGAUUUUAUCAGAGAAAAACGUAUUUUAGCCAUCAGUAAACGGACUAAAUGGCGUUUAAAUAUGCAUUUGAUUUCCAUGCAAUCAAGCUUGAAAAUAAGGUUUAAACCUAACACAUUUUAGCUUGAAUGUCUCAUUUUGAAUAAUGUGUUACUUACAUGGACACAAUCGAUCACAUUUUAAAGAUAUAUGUAAAUAAAUUAAUGUAAAUUAAAGUGUAUGUUCGCUACCGAACAUCACUUUGGUGUUCUGGUGUGUGCGCGAGCAGAAUGAGCUAUUAAAAAUGUGCUUAUCAUAAAGUAAUAUAUUUCAAAUCUAAAUUGAACAGGAAAAAAAUAGUUAGUGCGAUCUACGGAUUUGUUCGCACAUAGUUAUCUGUUUUUAUUUGAGUCUUAUUUAAGAAAACUGGUGUCUUGAUAGGCAGUUAGUUAUUUUAAAUGUUUAUAUAUUUUGAUAAAGUAAUAAUUUAACUGCUUGCUGUAAUGGCACUUACAGUAGUUUUUUUCUUAGCAUAGAUAAGUUUUAUUAAUAUAUUGUUAUCAUACGCAUACCACAUAGUAAUAAUACGUGAUAAAAUGUGAUUGUAUUUAAAUAUUUAUCAUAUAACAACGAUAUUAUAGGUAGUAUACACUAGUUCUACAUGAAUAUUUGUCUGUUAGAAAAAUAAAGAACCCAAACGUA